AUGAAUUCAUCGCCAUCGCUAAUCCGUAGACUCCUGGGCUUGAGCUUCUGGUUCGACAACACCAAUGAACCCGUGACGGGUCCGAACUACACGGAAACCCAACUCGCCUACUGGGACUUCCUUCGUGUGAAGGCCCAUCGGUUGCUCCGCAGGAGCGUUGCGAACCACAUCUUCGCCCCGGCUUCGCGUGGGGGGGAGUCAUCCCACAUGAUCCUUAUGAAGAUCAAGGCCUCGGUGGAUUCUCAGCGUUCCGUGGGUGCUCAGCGUCCCCUCGACCUUUGGCGGAACGCGUAUAACCUCCUCACGGAGGGCAUCAAGCCUGGCACACCUAUCAAGGACUAUGUCAUCAGCUUCCAAGAGAAGCUACACCAGCUGAGCGACCAAGACGUCAACCUCCCUAAGGGUAUCAUCCUCGCACACCUCGUUCAUGUCACCAACAGACCCGAAUGUAUUGUGUGGCGGCAUUCAGGACUCACAAGUGGCUACAUUUCGCCACCUUAG